GAGGGAGCCCCGUCUAGUGGAAGAGACGCGAGGGGCAGGGAUGUGUCCCAUCUACAGUCUGACCUACUCCCCUCCACGCCCCAGCGUCAGGCCACUCGUCCCUGCCCGUCGCACCUAGCCCCCUGAGCGCCGCUCCAUCCCUCCCUCCCUCCCUCCCUCCCCGCGGCACCGACGGAUGCGCCAAGCGAGGGGAGGGAUGCCCGAGUCUAGUUCUCUGUGGUCGUGGCUGUAAUCGCCGCUGGAAGCAGCGGAGAGAGAGGCAGAGAGAGAGGCGGCGGCUGGGAGCCGCAUGUGGAGGAUCGGCGGCUGGACGGGACCCUCACACCCACACCCACCCUGUCCCCGGGGCAGAUCUUUGCAUCAACUAGCUGCCGGGCGCUUCGCCUUUGCCGGUCCCGGAGCGGGACUGCGGACAGACGGACGGGAUGGAUUGGCAGAGGCGUCGCUGGAGUCGGGCUCUCUCGCCUGUCCGCCGCUGAAGCCCCUCGGAGCAGCGGGGGGAGUGUGUGUGUGUGUGAGAGAGAGAGACAGACAGAGAGAUACAGAGAGUGUGUGUGUGUGUGAGAGAGAGAGACAGAGAGAUAGAGAGAGAGACAGAGUGUGUGAGAGAGAAAGAUAGUGUGUGAGUGUGAGAGAGAGAGUGAGUGUGUGUGAGAGAGCGCACACCCCCUUCUGGAUCAAAGCGGCGUCUGUGGAGAUUGUUUUAACAUGAUCUGUGCAAACCUGCUCUUCAUUCUGAUCGUUAUAGAUGAGAUGCUGCAGUGUGUCGGUGACCCAGCGCUGGCAACGGGCUUGAGCGUGGACUGCGUGACGGCCAAUGAGCAGUGCGCCGCGGAGCCGAGCUGCAGCAGCCGCUACAGGACACUGCGCCAGUGUCUGGCUGGGAAAGCAGCCAUGCUCUUCGGACCCCAGGCCAAGAAUGAGUGCAUCGUGGCGGUGGUGGCACUGCAGCGCAGCACGCUCUUUGACUGCCGCUGCAAGCGUGCCAUGAAGAAGGAGAAGCAGUGCCUGGCCAUCUAUUGGAGUAUCCACCAGAGUUUGCAGCAAGGAGACGACCUCUAUGAAAGCUCCCCUUACGAACUGGUUAACUCUCGUCUUUCUGACAUAUUCCGACUCGCUGCUAUCAGCUCAGGAAUGGAGGCAGCGGGAGCGCGGGGGAACCAGUGCCUGGACGCAGCCAAGGCCUGCAACCUGAACGACACCUGCAAGAGGUACCGCUCCAUUUACAUCUCCACCUGCGUCAAGCGCACCUCCGCCACGGACAGCUGCAGCCGCCGCCGCUGUCACAAGUCGCUGCGGCAGUUCUUUGACCGCGUGCCGGCCGAGUACAGCUACCGGCUGCUCUUCUGCUCCUGCAACGACCCAGCCUGCGCCGAGCGGCGGCGACAGACCAUCGUGCCCGCCUGCUCGUACGAGAGCAAGGACAAGCCCAACUGCCUGGCGCUACACCAAACCUGCAAGACCGACCACGUGUGCAGGUCGAGACUAGCGGACUUCCUGUCCAACUGCCAGCCCUCCGCCCAGGCUGGGAGCGGCUGCUUCAGGGAAAACUACGCUGCCUGCCUGCUGUCUUACUCCGGACUGAUCGGGAGUGACAUGACGCCAAACUAUGUGGACACGGCAGACGUGGUGGUGGCACCCUGGUGCUCGUGCAGCGGCAGCGGCAACCAGAAGGAAGAGUGCGACAAGUUUCUCAACUACUUCAAGGAGAACGUCUGCCUCAGAAAUGCGAUGCAAGCUUUUGGUAAUGGCACAGAUGUGAAUUUGUGGAGGAGCUCCCUGCCCACCCAGACUACAACGCUACUGAAGUCCGACAAAACGGUGCAGAGCGCCCAGCCGUCCGAUCACAUCAAGGAAAUCACCACGGCAGACGAUGCCAACAUUCUCAGCAUAUGCCCGGGUCUGCAGGAUAAUGGGCCAAAGUUCAAUAUCUCCAAAGAGCAGAGACAUUGCCUUCCCGAGGCACAAGUCCCGACUCUGAAUCAGGACAAGAUUAAAGACAUGGAUAGAGUAACAAGCUACACAAACCCAAGGAAUGGGAACUCCUUUGGUACAUGUCUCUGUGCCAAUGUGGCCUGGGUGGCCAUUUCCAGUUUGGCCAUAACAAUCCUGACAUCAUAGGAGCCUCAAGGAGCCUAGAAGAAUUCAGGUUUCCACAUCCAUUCCGACUUAAUUGAGAAAUAUCCCCCCGGGGGGAGAGAAUGCAGACUGAAUUUUACUGAAUUUUAAAGAAGAGAGUGAAGGAGAGAGAGAGUGAGAGUGCGAGAGAGAGAGAGAGAGAGGGGGGGGGGGGGUGAAAAGUUGUGUUUGUUUGCUAAAAGUGUGUGACAAAGAGUUGUUUCCCAAACCAUAGGCUUAUCAUGGAAACAACGUUACAAACCGACUCGGACCUUGGCUCUUAAGUGAAGGAACUGCUGUCUCCAUGCACCGGGCUGGCUGCCCCAGCACUGUGUCUUGGCCCCCCUGGGGGAGUCACCUUGCUGUCACCUUGUUGGGCUCCAACCUCCAGAGCCUUGCGAUCUGAGCAGCGCGUGCCACGUCACAACAGCUCAGGUGAAAGGAAAGAAUUGUGAUUCCAAUUCAGCGAACCCCACUGCUGUGGGGCCCAUCAUGGUUGUGUCAAACUACAGUUCAGUUAAUCGCGCGCCUGUGUGUGUGUGCGUGUGUGUGUGUGUGUGUGAGUGUCUGUGUGUGAGCGUGUGUGCGCGAGUGUGUGUGUGUUUGUGUUUGUGUGUGUGUGUGCUUGAGUGUGUGUGAGCGUGUUUGUGUGUGUGUGUGCGUGGGUGUGCGCGAGUGUGUGUGUGUGCGUGUGUGCGUGUGUGUGUGCGUGUGUGUGCAUGUGUGUGUGUGUGCGUGUGCGCGAGUGUGUGUCUAUGUGCGUGUGCGCGCGCGUGUGUGUCUGUUUCCCGCCAUCCAUCGACCACAGACCCCUCUGUGAUUGGGGACUCCCUGGUGUGUUUGAGCUCACACUGUUUUCUACACCCAAUAUCAUUUAUAUCUAGAACAUAUGAGUUCUGUCCAUGUGAAAAAUGUUUCUCCCUUUGUUUUCCAACUUUCUAGACGAGUGUCUCAUGCAGUGGUAGAUGUACACCCUAGCUUGCUAGGCUUCUGCAAGCUUCCUGGUUAAUUAUACUGUCAAUGUAUAGUGUAUUAUUUCAAUGACAUAAACAGGAAUAUAUCUAUAACAAGAAAAC